GUUUCCUGGUGCGGCCUCAAUCGCCAGGCGAAUUUGCGCUUUCUGUCCACGUCGAGUAUCACAACAUACACAUUCAUCCUCUUCACAUCUUUAAAUCCAACGUCCCAAGAGCCGCAUCCAGGACACAUACCACCUCUCACCCCCGCGUAUCCAUAUACAACAAUCGCGCGCCCCGGCGCCCACGUUUACAACAUCAUGGCGUCACCCGCCGACGAAAUUCCGACCACAGACGCAGCUCCGGCCCCGGCCCCGAUCCUGUUCCGCGCAAACAAGAAGCGCAAAGCAGGCCUCCGCCAACGCGCGGCAUCGCCUACCGAAGACAAUGACAACAACACCGCCUCGAAACCGCACUCGACAGCAGAAAACGCUACGACACCGGCAUCAAUCACCGAGACCACCUCCACCGGCGACGAUGGCCCCGAAUCACACAUCCCCUCCGCCCUCCGCCACCGCUCUCGCAAGCGCCUCAACGGCGUAGGCUUCUCCGCCCGAGGUUCGUCCUCGGCUACUACCACCACCAACACCGCUGCUGGAGACGACACAGAUCCCAUGAGCCUAUCAUCAUCGCGCGCCCUGGUUCCCGCCCCAGUACAAACCCCAGACGAAGAUCCUCUCAUCGCAAAGCGCUUCGCGCCGCAAACCGGCGCGGCAGCCACCACAAUCGUCAAUAAACACAUGAUGGAAUACAUAGAAUCGCACCUCUCUAACCGCAAUCCACCACCACCAUCAUCCGAACAAUCAACCUCCCAAAACCAAGCCGCCGCAACGAAUCCGUCAGCAACAACAGCAAGCGCCUCCACCGAGACCCCAGACCCCAAAAACCACCCCAUCAUGCAAGGGAAACUCAUGGAAGUCGACCUCGGCGACGAAGUCCGCGCCCGGAACCAAGCCAUGACGGAAAAAGCAGCCCGCCGCCUCCUAGGCGAAGCCGUUGACGACGACGGCAGCGGCCACGGCGGCCGGCGAGCCAAGAAGCCCCGACUCGGCAGGGACGGCAAACCCUGGCGGUCCAGGAACAGGCGUAACAGCGACGACGUCAAGCGGGACCAGCUCGUCGAGGAGAUUUUACGUGAGAAUAGACUCGACGUCUACGACGUGCCAAAACCACAAGAACCUCAAAACGACGGCGACGGCGACGCAGACGACCGCAUCGCCGAGGAGUUCCGGCGCGAGUUCAUGGACGCCAUGGUUCAGCGCCAACAAAAGAAGAAGACGGCAGCGCCAGCGGCCCGCGCCGGCGCUCGCAAGGCCGACGAAGAGGUUCUCAAGGGUCCGAAGCUGGGCGGUAGUCGCAACGCUAGAGCCGCCAUGCGCGAUUUGCUCUUGAAGAAGGAGAAGGAGAAGGACUCGAGGAGAUGAUGAGCCCCAGACCUCCUGCUUCUUUGUAUACAAUAGUGACAAAAGACGAGUUUGGAUGAUACCCAUGAUCAGAAAAUUGGACAUUACAGCUUAAAGAU